AUGUCCAUCAGUGUGAAUCUGAGGAAGAUCUCCAACCUUCCGGGACGAUCUGACAGAAAGGUGGAACUCUGCUUCAGAGGUUUCACCCAUAAAACCAGAGUCCUGCAGUGUGAGAACUUGGCCAUCUUCAACGAGAUCUAUAUUGAGUUGGAUGUUCGGUAUCAUCCAGUUGAGGGAACAGCAGGAAGCUGGGAAGAACUCGACUUCCUGAAAGUCGAAGACACGGAUGAAUCAGCUCUGGUCAUCAGGAAUGACGGAUUUAAUGACCCUGAAAGUCAGCUGACUGUCGCUCGUCCAGGUCAGUUGGAGAGAGAGGCUCGGCGUCUGGGGCGGAGCUUGGUCCAAACUGGGGAUGAAGACGAAGAUGAUGAUGAUGAUGAUUUUGAUGACGACCUGUUGGACUUGGAGGCUUCCAACAUCAACUUCACUCCUCUACUGAGUCGUUGCAGGCCGAUGUCCAGAAAUGUUUCUGCGGCAAUGCCCAGAGUCCAGAGCUUUCAGGUGAAUGUGAACAUCCUGGAGGCUCAGAAGCUGGUUGGAGUGAACAUCAGCCCUGCAAUUUUCAUCAGAGUGGGAGAUCAGAAAAAACACACUGCGACGCAGAAAUCCACCAACUGCCCUUUCUACAAUGAGAACUUCCAGUUUGAGUUUCAAGAGACUCCACAAAUCCUCUUUGAUAAAGUCAUAGAGAUAAAGGUGUUCCACAGGCGGACUCUGGCCUUCCUGAUGACCCACAUUGGAUCCUUUAAGAUUGAUAUUGCCACAGUGUACAACCAGCCAGACCACCGCUUCUACCAGAAGUGGGCUCCUCUCACCGACCCGGCAGACACCAGGUCAGGGGUCAAAGGUUACGUUAAGGCCAGCCUCAGUGUGCUGAUGAAGGGGGAUGCUCUGAGCAUGGCCAGUCUGCCCCCGCCCUCCUCAUCCGGAGCCAGUGAAGACAUAGAAAAGAACCUGCUGCUUCCUCGUGGUAUGGCUUCUGAACGUCCAUGGGCUCGGUUCCGUGUCCGGAUCUACAGGGCCGAUGGUCUGCCCACCAUGGAUGCAGGGCUGAUGGCCAAGAUGUCAAAGGUCACUGACCGGACGGUCUUUAUUGAUCCCUACGUACAGGUGACCUUCGCUGGACAACAGGGGGAGACAUCGGUCGCCAGUGCCACCAGCUGUCCAGUUUGGAAUGAGGAAAUCUCAUUCAUUGAGCAGUUUCCUCCUCUGGCUCAGCGAAUCAGAGUCCAGGUCCUCGAUGACGCCAAGAUGGGAGACAUCGCCCUGGCAACGCACUUCCUGGACCUGCAGCAGAUUUCAGACCCCACCAGGAAUGGGUUUAACCCCACCUUUGGUCCAUGUUGGGUAAACCUGUAUGGUUCUCCUCAGAACUCCACCCUUGGAGACAUCCACCAGGCUUUGAACCAGGGUCUGGGUGAAGGAAUCUUCUACCGUGGUCGAAUCCUCCUUGCUCUCUACGUGGAGGUAUACUCCUCCCCUGCUGCCGUCGUCCCGGAUACAGGCUCUGUCCCCUUGGGAAAGGUGAAAGGAGCACUGGGGAAGCUGGGACUGAGGAAGAAGAGGAGCAGCAAAAAGGACAAGAAGAAGGAAGUGUCUGUGGCUACCAGUGGAUUGGUUGAUGAGUCAGGGGAGGCAGGAGUUGAGGUACCAGAGGCUGUUACCGUAGAGAUUGAGGAGAUCCACCCACUCCCUGAGGGUUUCCAGGGACAACGGGAGGACUUUCUUUUGUUUGCAUCUCUGUUUGAAGUCACUAUGAUGGACCCAUCUGUAGGUACCAGACCGGUGACCUUCGAACUCUCCAUAGGAAAUUAUGGGAAGGCAGUGGGGGUUAGGAGAUCCAAGAAAAGCCAGAGCAGGGAGGAGCUAAGGAGGAGCAGGGAGGAGCUGAGGAGCAGCAGGGAAGAUCUAAAUGAAGAGGUGCAGGGACUGCUGGAGUCAGAGGAGGAGCUGGACAGAGAGGAGGUGCUGAGUCCCGAACCUGAGAUCAGAUCUGUGUCUGCUGCCAUGAGACCCCAGUCCACCGAGUAUGACAGGUCUUUCCAGUGUCUUCCUCUCCAACCUCCCUCCGAGAAACAGAAGCCAUGUCUAUUUGUCUGGAGUCAGUUUGAAGAUCACAACUUUCGUCUCUAUCAGGCAAACUGGCUCAGCAAAACGGCCGAUAGGCUGGAGAUUGGUCUUGAUGAGGUGGAACGUCUCUUGAGGAGGCCGAGGAGUAACGCAAAGGAACGUUUGGAGGAGGUGCUGCUAGAGCUGGUCGCCUCCUGCAAACAGUUUAGUGGUUUUGCAGACAGGAGGUCUCAAUUUCGCCCCAAUAACCUUGACAGAUGCAGGAAGGAGUUUAUCAAGAAGAAUUUGGUCUUACUGGCCAGACAGGCAGUGAGGGCCAGGCGGAGGAUCACCAGGCGGACGGCCAAACAGAAGUUGAUGGAUACCAGGAAACUCUUGCGGAAACUCCGCCUGCUGGCUAAGGAGCCCCAGACUACCAUCCCAGACGCAUUUUUGUGGUUACUAAGUGGAAGCAAGCGAUUGGCUUAUGUCAGGAUCCCCUCCUACUCCAUCCUCUUCUCAUUGGUGGAGGAGCAGAAGGGGCGGGACUGUGGCAGAGUCACCACCCUCUACAUGAAGUCUCCCGGAGGUUCCGCAAGUGAGAUCUUUGCGAAGCUGGAGGUCUACCUGUGGCUCGGUCUGGCCAAGUACAGUAAAGAAGUCACCACUUGCUUGCCGGAGGAGUUUCUGCCGGUCUAUGAGGAAGAGGAGGAACAGAGGAGGCUGGUCCCUGUCGGGCAGAGGAAACUUCCUGUCAGUCUGUCCUGCCAGGACAGCAGGUACUUCCAGCUACGAUGUCACCUGUACCAGGGGCGUGGCCUGAUGGCUGCAGAUGAUAACGGCCUAUCGGAUCCUUUCGCCAAGGUCAUCUUCUCUACACAGUGCCAAGUCACCAGGGUGUUGCAUGAGACUCUCUCUCCAGCCUGGUGUGAGUGUUUGUUGUUUGACAGGGUUCUGUUGGAGGGAACAAGAGAGGAGCUCCAACAAGACCCACCCCUCAUCACCAUUAACAUCUUUGACCACAACGCCAUGGGCAGUGUGAAGCCUCUUGGUCGGGCGUUUGCAGAGCCAGAGUUUAAAUCUGUGGAACAGUACUACCAGAAGCCCCGCCUCCAUUUCUAUGACAUCAGCAUGGGCAGGGCCCCCGCCGGCGAGCUGCUGGCUGCCUUCGAGCUCAUCGAGCUGGACUACUCUGGGUUUGGAGAGCCCUGUGUCCCAGGCAGUGUGGACCCUCAGGAGCUGACCUACCUGGAGGAUCAGAGAUGUUACAUCAUCCCUGAGGGAGUCCGACCGGUUCUGAAGACCUUCAGGAUCGAGGUGCUGUUCUGGGGUCUGCGGGAGCUUAAGCGGGUGCAGCUGUUUGAGGUGGAGCGCCCCCUGGUGAGGGUGGAGUGUGCAGGACGACAGCUGGAGUCUGAAGAGAUUGAGAGCUACGGCACUCACUCCAACUUCAAAGAGCUGGUCCGCUAUAUGGACGUGGAGCUGCCAGAGCAGGCCUACCUCCACCCUCCUCUGACAUUGUUCGUGGUGGAGCAUCGGGCAUUCGGUCGGCUCGCUUUAGUCGGGACCCACGUGGUCCAGAGCCUCAUGAACUACACCCCGCGCAGGUUAGGGGGGGAGGAAGAAGAGGAAGAGGACAAGCCAAAACCAAAAGUGAGGCAGAAUACGAAGAAGAUCAACCCUCUGAGGUCAGUGGAGCGUAUCGGACUCAGCGGCCUGUCAAUUAAACAGUCAAAGAUUCCCUUUAACCCCAUGAAGCUGGUUAAUGAUCCCCUGAAGAAACUGACAAAGAAGGGCGAGGAGCUAGAAGAGGAGCCACCGGAGUUGGAGGAGUUGGAUUGGUGGUCCAAAUACUACGCUUCACUAGAGGAGAUGGAGAGACGGGCUGCUGAAGAGGAGGAGGAGGCAAUGAAGAAGGAACAAGCAGAGAUGGAUGGAGGGAAUCUGAGCAUGGCGAACAUCGAAGAGGAGGAGGAUGAGGAGGAAAUCGCAGUGGUUGAGAUUAAACCUCCCAGACGCAAGAACAUUGCCACACUACAGCUGUAUAGAGGGGAUCUGGAGUCAGAGUUCAGUCAGUUUCAGGACUGGCUGCAGAUCUUCCCACUGUAUAAAGGCAGAGCUGACAUUGAGGAUGAAGAGGAAGAUGAAGAGGAGCGGCUGAUGGGAAAAUACAAGGGCUCCUUCCUGGUUUAUCCGAUUGAUUCAGGAGAUGAAGAAGACACCUCAUGUCAGAUCACCAAUGGAAUCCCCAAAAACUCACCUCUCAAAGUCUUGGUCCGAGUCUACAUCGUCAAGGCCACCACUCUGGCUCCCACAGACCCGAACGGUAAAGCCGACCCGUAUCUGGUUCUCCGAGCUGGACAGCAGUCUCUGGACACUAAAGAUCGAUACAUCCCCAAACAGCUCAACCCUACGUUCGGAGAGGUGUUUGAAUUCACAGUGUCUUUCCCGCUGGAGACAGAGUUGGUUAUCUCAGUGAUGGACCACGAUCUUAUAGGGUCUGAUGACUUCAUUGGUGAGACGCGAGUUGACCUGGAGAACCGGUUCUACAGCCACCACAGAGCCUCCUGCGGUCUGGCUCUUUACUAUGACACUGACGGCUACAAUAUAUGGCGCGAUGCAAAGAAGCCGUCUGCCAUUUUGGCUGAGCUCUGCAGGAAGAACAGCAUUCCGUCUCCAGAGUACAGAACAUCUGAGGUCAAAGUCCUUAACAAAAUCUUCAAGAUCCCACCUGACGCAGUACCUGAAGGUAGGACGGACAGACAGACAGAGGAGGAGGCAGAGAUGGAGGAGCACACAGCCCUGAGCGUGCUGCAGCGCUGGGGGGAGAUGAACGAGUUCCUCCCUGGAGCCAUUCCUCUGGUCCCAGAGCACGUGGAGAUCCGGUCCCUGCUGAACCAGGACAAACCUGGACUGCCACAGGGUUUCCUUCAUAUGUGGGUGGACAUGUUUCCUAAUGAUGUCCCGGCCCCGCCCCCCGUUAACAUCAAGCCCCGCCUACCCGAACAGUACGAGCUGCGAGUGAUCAUCUGGAACACCGAUGAUGUGUUCCUGGAUGAUGUCAACAUUUUCACCGGAGAGCCAUCCUCUGACAUCUACGUGAAAGGCUGGAUAAAGGGAUUGGAAGGAGAAAAACAGGAGACUGAUGUCCACUUCAACUCUCUGACUGGAGAAGGAAACUUCAACUGGAGAUUUGUGUUCCGCUUCGACUACCUUCCUACUGAGAAAGAGGUGGUCUACAAGAAGAAGGAGUCCUUUUUCUCUCUGGAGGAGUCAGAGUUUCGACAACCAGCUGUUCUGACGCUGCAGGUCUGGGACUAUGACCGCAUCGCUGCCAACGACUUCCUGGGCUCCAUUGAGUUACGGCUCAACGACAUGGUACGAGCGGCAAAGUCAUCCAGUAAGUGUACGAUAGAGAUGGCGAAGGAUCGGGCCAGCCCUCGAUUUUCCAUUUUUCGCGCCAAGAAGAUGAAGGGCUGGUGGCCGCUGACCCGCCUAAAAACAGCCAAGGACUUCGAGAGGGAGGAGAAGGAGAAGGAGGAGGCCAAGAAGAAAGGAAAGAAGAAGAAGAAAAAGAAGGACAAGAGGAGCAAUAUGAAACCGGAGGAAAUCCAAUACACCGACAGCAUGGGCAACACUUUCCUGCUAAUGGGUAAGGUGGAGGCAGAGCUGCAGCUGGUGGCAUUAGAGCAGGCGGAGGCCAACCCUGUGGGGCGCGCCCGCAAGGAGCCGGAGCCUCUGGACAAACCAAAUCGUCCCACCACCAGCUUCACCUGGUUCAUCAACCCGUUAAAGUCCUUCAUCUUCAUCAUCUGGAGGAAGUUCAAGAAGUAUAUCAUCGCUCUGGUCAUCCUCGCAAUCCUCACGCUCUUCCUCGGCCUCAUUGUCUACACGCUGCCGGGGCAAAUCUCCUCCCUCAUCAUCAAAGGAUAAAGAAUCCAACGGGGAGUCUUCAUUCUUUCCUCCUGGAUGUCACAGACUGUCUCAGCUUUCUGAUUCGGAACUGAUCCACUGAACGACUGACUGAAGUCAUAUUUACUACUUAGACAGAUCAGUAAAAGUCACGAUUUAAUAUGUUUACACACACAUUUCUCUACUUUAACCAGAAUCCUCGUUUAUAUUAACAUAUCCUGGGUCAUGGGAGCAAUAAUCAGAGAUUUUGUUUUACUGUCAGAUUUAUCAGUCACCAGAGGAAAUUACUGGACACCUAUUAAUGCAUAUUUAAGUCCCAUAUUUAUAUUAUUAUGUAAAUUAUAGAUUGUUUGACUCUGAAACUGUCCUGCAGCACUGGACAGAUGUGUAGAUGAGCACAAAUCUGACUGGAUAAAUCAGCACCGCUCCUAAACAUGAGCAUAACUCUGAUGUAUUAAAGUCUAAUUUUGUUGAUUAAAUAUAGUUGGGG